CCGCACAGCAGAACCGAGCCAGCUCGAAUUAGAUAUGAGGUUAACAUCUCCGCCAUCUCUCACACUCAUUUCUCCGCCGAGUCGCCGCCCAAUCCAAUUCCUCCGACGACCUUCUCCAAACACUACCAACACAAUCCGCUGCUCCUCGUCUCCACCGCACGCAAUGGAUCAGCCGGACUCUAAUCGGCGAGUAGUCGUCUGCGGCGGCGGCGUAAUCGGCGUCUGCACGGCCUACUUCCUAGCCAAAAAGGGCGUCUCCGUCACCCUCAUCGAGAAAUCCUUCAUCGCCUGCGCUGCGUCCGGGAAGGCCGGCGGAUUCCUCGCCCUCGAUUGGUGCGACGGCGGGCCGGUGGGCCCGCUCGCUCGAGCCAGCUUCAAUCUCCACCGCACCCUCGCCGAUGAGCUCGACGGCGCCCAAUCCUACGGCUACCGCCCCUUAACCACGCUCAGCCUUACCGUCGCGGAGUCGGAAUUGGGCAAUCUGCCGGAAUCGUCUUCAGGAGCGAAGAAAAUCCCCAAUUGGGUCGACGGGCCCGCGCGGGGACCGAGGACGAUCGGGACAACGGAGACGACGGCGCAAGUCCAUCCGCAGCUGUUCACGAGGACGCUGAUUACGAAGGCGGUCGAGGGUUACGGGGUGGAGGUGGUGAUCGGGAAAGUUGAGGCGGUGGCGGUGGAGGAAGGGCAAGCCAACUCGGUGGUGCUGGAGGGCGGACGAGUCAUCGAAUCUGACGCGGUGGUGCUGGCGCUUGGGCCGUGGUGCGGUAAGUUCGAGAUGUUGAAAUCCAUUUUCAGAGUUUAUGGGCUGAGAGCUCACAGUAUUGUCUUGGAGCCCAAGAGGCCCGAUGCCAUCACGCCUCAUGCCCUUUUCUUGAGUUAUUUACCGGGUGAGGGAGGAAAGCCCAUGGAUCCUGAAGUGUAUCCGCGGCCCACAGGGGAGGUUUAUGUGUGCGGAAUGUCGUCGGAGGUGGAAGUGCCGGAUGACCCGGAGCAAAUAACGGGCGACCCGGAAUCGAUCCGGGUGCUAAAGAGGGUGGCGAAGACGGUCUCGAGCCACCUGGCCGAAGGGGAAGCAACAGUGAAGGCUGAGCAAGCCUGCUUCUUGCCCUGCACGGAUGACAGCUUGCCGGUGAUCGGAGAGAUUCCGGGGGUGAAGGGUUGUUUCGUGGCGACCGGACACAGCUGCUGGGGGAUCCUUAACGGUCCGGCGACGGGAGCUGCGAUGGCUGAGCUUGUGGUGGAUGGGGAGUCCAGCAUUGUGGACCUUUCUCGGUUUAGUCCGGCCAGGUUUGGCAGGAGGAGGAAGAUGUAAUAGGUCUUUUCUAUGUAUUGUUGUUCGUGGAGUACGAAGUUUGGGUAAGGGAAGGAAUAAUAUAAAAUGGGUUAAUGGUCACUGUGUUAAAUUGUGCUGAAAUCGUAAAGGAGACAAAGAUGUAACGUGGUUCUUCCUUACCAGAGUGGCGAGGCUUACGUCCACGGAAAGAUUGAGAUUUUGUAUUAUUGCUCUUGACGACACAUAGUCGAGUACAUGUAUUUAUACCCUAUGAUACUGUCACCUAGGGUU